AUGGCUGCGGGAUGUUCGGGGCUCUUGAUGUUGGCAGUUGUCGUGGUUGCGACACGGGGCACCAAGGAUACCAUACUUGCAUCCACAGUGAGCAAGGGAUACGGGGAGUGGUGCAACGGCUGCGGACCGCUUCCCCUUGCGGGAGUUGUCUCCCGCAACGCACACAGGAUAGCGGCUAACAGCGACGCUAUGCGCGCUCUCUACCAGUCUGCCAACUCAGGACUGACAGCAGCGAACAAGCAGCUGCUCCGUCUAGAGCAGACGGUGGAGCAGACGGAGGAAGGGCUGGCGUCAGGGCUUGCGCACUAUCAGGCUGUUCCUGGCUAUGGCGGAAUCUACGCGCCUGUGCCCUCCUAUACUGCUCCCUAUGCGUCUCCCUAUGCGUCUCCCUACGCUUCUCCCUACGUCUCUUCUUUUGCUAGCCCGGUGGUAGCAGCUGGACCUGCUGUUGGAGCAGCUGUGGUGACUGCUGGGCCGCAUCGAGUGCCAGGAGGAUGGCUUCCCGUCUAUGAUCAACCGGCUGUGUCAAGAGUCCCCGUCCCUGCUGGCCCGGUCGCUCCGCCUUUCGCUCCGCCUGGCUACCAAGCUGUCUUCGUGCCUGGCGGGAUGGGAGAAGGAAGUGCUGCUGCUCCUGCUGCCGACAUCUCCCUCCCUCCACCUCCAGAAGAGGAGGCGGAAGAGGCGGAGGACACGGCAGCGCCAGCGAGUGAGGGAUCGGAUGAAGACGAUUCAGCUGUUAAGCCGCUCAUCCCCUUCAACUUGCCGGAGGAGGCGACACAGGUGGCUGAGAGCGCGGCCAGCCAACCGGAGGCGCCGCAGCCGGCAAACAUCAGGGCGCGUGCGAUGGAGCACGUCAUGCAAAAAGCGGCGAAAUCCCUUGGUCCCGUUGUUGCGGCUGCAGCUAGUCCAGGAGGAGGAGCAAGGGGAGGAGCGAAGGCUCCUUCUACUCAAGUUGCUGCUGCUGCUGCUGCUAGAGGGGGAGGACAGCGAGCGGCUCUUUUCGUGAACCAAGUUCGGUCGCACUUCAUGGCCAACCAGCGAGACGAUGGAGAGAUGCUGUGA